AUGGAAAGUGACUAUAGCUGGAUGGUUCCAAUUGAAUUCAUGGUCGGUUGUUUAGAUCAUGGAGAGGUUCAGGCAUGCAGCAUUUGUCGGAUCCAAGACGAGCUUCGAGAACCGAAAAGCGACGCAUACGUUCCAAAACUCGUUUCCGUGGGGCCACUGCAUAGGGGAGCCACCAGGCAUCUGGUAAUGAUGGAAGAACCCAAAUGGCGUUACCUCAAAAACUUUCUUGAACGCCAAGGAAGUCCCGAAGAAAACGUGUCAUUAGGUUCAAGGCUAAUAAACUGUGGCGCCGACAUUCUAAAGUUGGACACAGUGAUCUGUGCAAGCUAUGGUGGAGACUUGGAGCUAGAAACCCAUGAGCUUUCCAAGAUAAUGAUUGUAGACGGAUGCUUCCUGCUGGAACUUCUCCUCCGGCUCGACGAUUACAUGAGUUUGCGGCAGGAGGAGAGGUCCAGUAAGUAUGCAAAUGAUCCAUUCUUUGAGACGGAAAAGAAGGUGGCUUCAGUACUGAACGAUAUCACAAUGAUGGAGAAUCAAAUCCCGUUUGUGGUUCUCAAGAAGUUAUUCAGAAAGGUGUACCGUGACGGCAGUAAGAUGGAAAAUGAUCACCGAGUUGCCAAUUUGGUAAGCAGAGCCUUCGGUUACCCGGCCGGCCCUUUGCAGAACAACUCCGGCACGGCACAUAUACUUCACUUGAUGCACUCCUCCACCGUCGAACAUGGCCACCAAAUCCAAACGGGAGCGAGACCAGCGUGUCAAGAACUAAAGCAGUGCGCUACAAGGCUUCUAGCGGCGGGAAUAUCAAUUAUACCGGCGGUUGGUAACUGUAACUGUAACUGUAACCGUAACGGUAGCUUUGUGGAUAAGUUUGACUUUGACAUAAGAUUCAAUACGAAAGACGCGGUAUUGGAGAUCCCGCCUCUGCGUAUUAAGGAAAGCACUGAAGUGAGAUGGCGAAAUUUGAUUGCUUGGGAGCAGAGUAGGAUUCGAAUAAGAUGCAAGUACACUUCCUAUGCCUUGUUCUUCCGAGGUUUGAUUUGUUGUAAGCAUGACAUUGGAUGGCUUGAGAAGAAGGGAAUGAUAGUGAAUGAGAGCAACAUGAGCAAGGAAGAAUUGUUGACAAUGUUUAGGAGCAUUUCCAAGGGAGUUGAGCACAUGGAUUCGAGUUAUAGCGAGUUAUGUGUAACCCUAAAUGAACAUAGGGUGAAACGAGUCACACAGGUGUUCCAUGGAUUCACCACAAUUACUUGGCACAAUUGUAGGCGAAUGUUUGAAGUUAUCAUGUUCUAUUGGAGCAAUUGGUACCAUAUAUUGAUUAGUGAGCAUAUCCCUACGGUGUGGAAAUUCAUGGGUGUUGUGGCAGCUAUUGUGCUGCUUGUUCUUACCAUCAUGCAGACAUAUUAUUCAGCUCGUUCCAGUGGCUAG